AUGGAAAACGAGACAUUGCGGAAAAUGCUGGAUAAAAUUAAAGCCCGUAGGAAAAAUAGAUCGAAACAACGGCCAGAAAAUGUUGGUGAACGAAAAAGGAAAACUGAUACUCUGAGUGAGCAAACUGAAAGAAAGAAGCCAAAAUUAACCUAUGAAACAAAAGAAGAAGGGGGAUUCUUAAAUAGAGUUUCCUCUCUAGCGUUGUGCAAAUUUUUCAAAGACUUGGAUGACCGACAGAAAGAAGAUGUAAAGAGUAUAGGUUUUGGUCAUCUUCUCGACAUGAAGAUUACACAAAUUGCGCCAGCAAAUCUUUGUUAUUUCCUGGUCACAAAGUACAGGUAUGCCAGUAACACUCUCAUUCUCCGCGGUAAUAGAGAGAUGAAUAUUACCGCCGAAGAUGUUGAGGCUAUUCUGGGCCUACCGAGAGGACCAAAAGAGGUCAUUGAGGGAGAUUGGUAUGACAAAGAUGAACAAUAUAAUAAGAUGCUUGGGGAUUUCAGGGAGACCUUUGGUUUUAAGCGUACGGCUGGAGCUCCAACAGCCAAAAAGCUGGUGCAAUAUUUAACUGGAAAGGACGUUGAGAGAGGACAGAGAGUCUAUGGAGAUGACUUUAAAAGAAUUUUCGUGAUUGCUGUGGUGUCCCUAUUUCUCUGGAGAAAUAGGGGCCAAGAAUGCAAGUUUAGAUUGCUCAAAUCGUUGCGAAAACCAUCUGACAUCAUCAAUUACAAUUGGUGCCAGUAUGUGUUACAAGCUCUUUCUGAAUCAGUCAAGAUGUGGAAUGAAAGUGGUGGAGAGGCCCAUUUUAAUGGUCCACUCACUUUCUUGGUAGUAUGCUAUCUGGAUAGGGUCCAGUUUAUGAACAAGACUUAUGUGUCCCGGAAAUUCCCUGCUAUUGCUUAUUGGACAAAUCAAGCAAUUUCCAAGAGAGUUAGGGAAGAGCAGAGUGGCCAGGGUUUUGGGAUGGGGUCAAUACUUGAUCCCAUCAAACCACCAAGAGAUGGAUCGGAUCAAGCAGCCACAUUAGCUGAUGAACAUGUGGUCGAGAAACAGCAAGAAAAUUUGGUUGAAAGGUUUGAAAGGGCUAUGACAAAUAUAGCACCAUUCGUGUCUGAAGUUCGAGAGGUGUGUGAAAGGGCAAAGAGCUCGGAUUUGGGUGCUGCCCUCAUUAUUCAUCAUGCACUUCAGAACCAUGUAUCAGUUAUCAUGAAAAUCGCACAAGGUGUUAUUGAUGCGCAAACAAAUGAAGGAAUUGAUGAUGAAAUGGGUUCUGAUGGACAGGAGCAGGAACAAGAUGCAGAAAAUAAGGAUGAGGAGUCAAUUCAUGUAGAGGUUGGGGAUGAUGUUUUGGUGCAAGAACAAGAAAGAAUUGAAAAUGAAGUGGCAAAUGAUCGAGAGGAACAGGAACAGGAACAAGAACAAAAACAGAAUGGAGAAAAUAAGGAUGAGGAGUCAAUUCAUGUAGAGGUUGGGGAUGAUGUUUUGGUGCAAGAACAAGAAGGAAUUGAAAAUGAAGUGGCAAAUGAUCGAGAGGAACAGAAACAGGAACAAGAACAAGAACAGAAUGGAGAAAAUGAGGAAGAGAAAGAGGAUGAUGGUGUGGAAAGAAAUGAAGGAAUUGAGACUGAAAUGGCAACUGAUGGACAGCAAGAAACACAUGAUACAGGAAUUCAAUCUAUUUUGUCGGAUAUUUUCAAUGAAUAUGGGGAUGGACAAGACAGUAAUAAGGAAGUGGAUGAGGAUGAAGUUGUGGUGCAAGAACGGGAAGGAAUUCAGAAAGAACUUGCAACUGAUGGACAACAACAAGCACAAGAUACAGGACAUGUUGAAAUCAGAGGCAAGUGCACUCUGAAGGAAAGAGCAUUUUGGAACUUUACAAUGGAAGGGGACAACGACAAUGCUGAAAAAACCACAGAAGUCAUCUUUGAAGGAUUACAACUGGCCUGCACAAGAGAAGAUUUCAAGACCUUCAACCUUGGAGAGUAUAUUUCAUCAACAAUUGUUGAUACUUGGGCGAUGCACUUGAAUUUCAGAUUCCACAGCUUGAAUAAAAAUAAGAGUAAAUUCUGCUUAACAACUAAUGUCAUGAUGGGAUUGUCUUUACAAGCUAUGAGUAACAGAGAUCCGAAUGAAUAUGUGAGGGAAGCAGCUGCAAGGAUGGAUGUCGAGUUCACAGAACAAGGGCUUUCAAUUCAUGAUAUCAAGAAUAUCAACCAUCUUAUAGUCCCAGUCUGUUUUCAGACCCAUUUCUACCUCUACUGUUUGGACUUUGAAAAUAAAAAACUAGGCAUUCUUGAUAACAUGGAUACAGUGUUGAGUGGAAAUGUGCCACUUAAAAACAAGUAUGGCGGAACUAAAGAUUUCUUGAAAAAGGUCAUUGAAGCGUACAGAAAAAUGUACAAGAAACCCUUCAAGACCCCGUUGAGCAAGCUUAUCUUGAAACUGGUGAACAUGCACUGCGCAGAUUCAACAAACACAACGGACUGCGGAAUAUAUGCAAUGCAUCACAUGUCCAAAUAUGUUUGUGUGCAUGCAGAUAGCCAUGAUUGCGCAUUCCCUCAGAUAGGCAGUGAUUCGAGGAAAAAGGUCCACAUGAAGAACAAGUUGGACACUCUGCGGGUGAAGUACUUGGCCAAAUUGAUCGAGUCUCCAAUAAACAAGAAAUCAGAUGUUGUCCGAGAGGAUUUGAGUAAUUAUUUCGCUGAAAAGACAAUCGAGUGA